ACAAAAAUUGGCUAAUUAAUAAUUGAUCGUUAUAAAAUUAUAAAAAAAACGUAUUGUUGUUGUUACACCUAUGUCUAAUAUACCGACAACAACAACAUCGGAUACGAUAAUCUAUAAUACAUUGGGGCAUAGUGAUGAGCAUAGUAUCAGUAAAGAAGAAGAAGAAGAAAAAGAAGAAGAAAGAAUCAACGAAAUCAAUAAAAAAAUUGCAGAGAAAGAGAUAAACGAAACGAUUGUACAGCAAAAAACUUUGGAAGGUUUAGGUGCACGUCUUACACGUAUAUUAGAAACCGAUGAUGAAAAUGAUAAUGAUGAUUCUACAACGGCAGUAGUCACAACAACAACAACAACAACGGAUAACAAUAGUGAAACGGAACCAUUUCCAUCCGGUCAUAUUGAAGAUUAUUCUGAAUAUUUAUUUGAUUCUAAUUCACCAUCACUUACAACAACCUAUAAACAGACACAUUCUUCAUCAAUUGUAAUUAGUAAUUGUCAAAGACAACAAUCAAAAGAAGAUAUUAAUCAACAACAAUUAGAUACAAAUACAGAUCAAAUAUUAGGCUUGAUUAAUCUAGAACAACAAGAAAGAUCUGAACAAGAUCUUUUGUCUCAUCAUACAUUUACAUCGUCAUCUUUUCCAUCGUCAUCGUCGUCGUUGUCACAUCAUUCCCAUCAUCAUCAUCUUCAGCAUAAUACAUCAAAAACAAGUGAUGAAGCGGAUCUCUUUAUUCAACAACAGCAAAGCAAUAUUCAUACAACUGUUGUGACCAGUAUUGAUAAUAACGAAAAUAAUAAUAAUAAUCAUCAUCAUACCCAGCAAUCAUCAUCAUCAUCAUUAUCAACAACAAGCAACAAUUUUAUUCUAUUCGAUCCAUCAUCAAUGGUAUUGCUUGAAGAAACAACGCCCGAUUUAUUGUCAACAGUUGUUGAACAGCUGCCCGAAGACGAUAAUAAUCAUAAUAAUCAAAAUAUUGAUAAUACUGGUAAUAAUACCAGCAAUAAUGAUAGUGGCAACAGGUUGAAUAUUAUGAAUGAUAAUAAUAAUUUUCCUGCCAAAAUUGAAUAUUCCUAUCAAACAGUGGCUACAACAACAUCGCCAUCAAUAGUUACAUCAACAACGACAAUAACAACAAUAGCAGCAACAGCAUUUACAACAAAUUCUAUAACUGAAGUUGUAUCUUUUCAGCAUCAUCAACAUCAUAAUCAAAGUUCAAUGUCACAACAAACGCUGCCAACAUCUUCAUCACAUGAACAUCAACUGCAAACACAGCAGCAGUCGUUUGAUCGAACCAUUACGAAAAUUUCCAACAUUGACAAUGAUGGUAGUGUUGGUGACAGUGGUUGUAAUGCUGAUUACGAUAUAAAAUCUCAAUCGCAACAACAAUCAUUUCAUCGUAUGAAUGGAAAUGGAAACAUUGUUAGCGAUUCCGGUGACAAUAUGAUUUUAGGAAAUGAUCAUCAUCAACAACAUGAAUAUCAAAACAAACAAUCAGAAACAUUUCUGAUGGAAAAUGAUAGUAAUAAUAAUCCUUUGAUGACAACAACAUCAAGUUGUGAAAACAUUUCUUGUGCUGCUACUGUUGCUGCUCAUGAAGAAUCUUCAUGUUUCGGUACUCAAAAACAACAACAAGAAAUGGAAAAUAUCAAUGUUGGAUUUUCCGAUUCAACAACAACGACAGCCAUUCAUACGACAACUAAUGAUGAAAUAACUUCAGCAAUGAUAGUCGUUACAGAUUCGAUGCAACCACAGCAACAACAAACAUCUUUAUCAUCACUUUCAUCAUCGACGACAACAGUAAACACCUUGUCAACAACGGGUCACCAUCACCACCACCACCAUCAUCAUCAUCAACAUUAUCAACAAAUUGAAAAUAAUAAUGAUCAGAAUAAUGGUGAAUAUAUAGCUUCAGCGAUAGAUACGACGAUGAUGGAAUCUCAGAAACAUCUUGAGCAGCAGCCGCAGCAACAGCAGCAGCUACAUAUUCAAAGUCAUCACCAUCAUCAACAAUCGCAUCUACAUUCGGCUUUAACGCCAUCAACUUCAUCAACAUCGACAUCAGGCGCAGCUCAAUCAUAUCAGCCAACAAAUACAACAACAUCUAUUCCACAACAAUUAUCAUCAUCAUCUUCAGUGGCGAACCAAGAUGAUGAUACAAAUCAAUUGCUCAAUACCAUGAUUCCUACUAAUUUAUACGAAUGUUACGGUAAUGAUCCAGGUAUAAGAUUACAUCAUCACCAUCAUCAUCAACAGCAACAGCAGCAGCAGUCAACGCAAUUAAAUCAUGAUGAUAAGCCACAACAACAACAUCAGAAUGUAACUGUUCCUAACAUUGUAUCAAUGAAUCCAUGUCUUUCAAAUGAUGAUACUAGCUUAUAUCAUCAUCAUCAUCAUCAACAACAGCAAGCUAAUGAUUCGAAUAGUGGUCAUAAUGAUGAGGAUAAUUCAAUUUUACAUCAUCAUCAUCAUCAUCAUCAUCAACAUCAAAUUAAUACCGAUAAUCAACAAUCUGUUAUACCUCAUCAUCAAACAUCAUCAACACAAUCAUUAACAACAACAACUGUAACAGCGCCAUCAACAAUAACGGCCGAUCAAUCAUUAGAACAAUUAGAACAAUCGGGACAUUUAUAUCAUCAUCAACAACAGCCACAACAACAACAUCAUGGCCAUCAUCAAAUUGUUCAAUCUACAUCUAAUUUGGAACUACAACAACAGCAUGAUACAUAUAAUAUUGCGUCAUCAUCAUCACCAUCAACAUCAACAUCAUCAUCAACAUUGACGAUAACGAAUCAGAGUAAUGUUACAUCAGCAUCGAUGAUUGAAGUGCCUAGUUCGUCUACACAACAACAGAAUUCACAUUCGUUACAACUACAACAACCAUCAUCAUCAUCAUCAUCGUUAUCUAAUAAUAAUGUUGUUGUUGUUACUGUUCAACAAUCACAAUGUUCAAAUAACGUUUCAUCAUCGAAUAUGGUUACAACAACUGCCGAUUCUAGCUGUACUAAUUCAUCUACAACUGAUAUUCAAACGGAAACCGGAACACAAAAUCAUAUGCUAUAUACACCUAUAGAUCAUCAAGUUACGAAUUCAUCAACAACAUCUAAUGGCGUUGAUGUUAAUGAUUAUCAAUUACAACAACAUUCUCAACAAAAUCAAUAUCAUAUUGUUGCAUCAACAAAUUCUAUGAUGAAUCCCAAUACAUCAUUAUCGAAUCAACUUACUUCAUCAUCUACAACCACUGAUAACAAUGAUAACACUGCCCAUCAGGUAACAUCACAAUAUAUGGCUGCUGUAUCUUCUGCCGAUACCAAUCAUCAACAACAGCAACAGCCACAACAGCAACAACAAUCUUCACUCUCGAUGACCAACGUGAAUACCGUUGUUGUAGUUUCCAAUGAUUCUCAAUCUCAAUCAAUCGAUUCGGAUCCAAUCAGAUCGCUAGGAACAAUGCGUAAUAGUGAAUCGCAGUUAAUGUCCUCGACACCUACACUUUCUCAAUCACAACAACAACAACCACCAUCCGUGCAUUAUGAUCAUCAUCCAACAAAUACAUCAUCAAAGUAUGUUAGUUUAUGUGAUCAAUUACAACAACAUCAAUCAUCAACGUCGCAAGUGCCGCAUUCUGAAUCACAAAAUGUUAACGUGAAUUUUUCGCUGAAUGAUGCAAAAUCUACAGCAUCGAUCCAGCAACAAUAUGAUUCUUCAGCUAACAAUUUACAACAAAGUCAAUCACAAGUACAAAUUCUGCCACAGCAAUCUAAUGUUACGAUUGGCAUCUGUUCCACAAAUAGUGAUUCAUCGUCGCCUGCCAUUAAUGUUUCAACACAGAAUCAGCCAUCAUUGAAUAUUAUCAAUCAACAGCAGCGACAAAUGAUAUCUGGAAGAAGAAAUGAAUCUAAUCCUCAACAAUCGCAAUCAAUAUGCAUGGUUGUACCGCACAAUAAUCCAAAUAGUCAUCUAGCUGAUACAAUACCGGUGACAUUAACAACUGGAAGUGGUGCCCUACGUCCUCUGUGUGUAAUCACUGAUUCAAAUCCUGAACAAAUUUCCACUACCGGUGUAAAUUUUUCUAAUGUAACAACGGCUUCAAAAAAGAUAUUUUUCUCAACUUCAACAGCUGCUAGUUCUAACACUAAUACAUCGAUAAGUCAACCAACAUUAUUGUUUGCCUCGAAAAGUCCGGCCAUUGGACAAACAACAAUUCAAUCGCCACAUAUGGUCAAUCAAAAUCAGAUUAUGAUCAUUCCGUCCAAUUUUACUUUGAAUCCUCAGCAUUCUAUUUCGGCAGCCAACCAUUCGCAACCACAGAUUCAACAAAAUCGUUUCAAAGUUGAAGGAGAUAAUGCUGACAUAAAAUCUUUUGUUCCAAACACAAGUAAUGUGGAACAAAAUUUUCAUUCAAACGAGUCAAUGUUGCCUCGUCAAUAUUCUUCUACCUCUUCGAAUGAUUCUUUGAAUAAUAAUAAUAAUAAUGGCAACAAUAAUCGUUACCAAAAUAAUCUAUCCAAUAUUGUUUCUGGAUCUCAAGGAUAUGAAAACGUCGCUCAAAACAAUUCGACCACUCCGACAUUGAUCCAAUCAGGAUCAACACAAUUCCCAUUGUCAGCUAAUUAUUCGGUGUUACAAUUACCCCAAGGUCAAUUGCCUAUUAGUCAUCAUCCGCAAACGCAAACAUUGGGUAAAACUAAAAUACUAUUACAUUCCGUACCAGCCGCAAAUAUUAGUGGAACUGCAAAUGCUUCAGCUACAUUAUUGACACUGAAUUCCAGUCAAUUGCAACCAUUGCAAACAACGAACAAUGUUUCGGUAACUCAUCCUAACAUACCGACAGGAUCCAUCAUAUUAAGUUCGAUAAUUCAGAAUCAGAGUAACAUUCCGGGUAAUCAAUCAGCAAGAGCUGUCACUAAAUUUGCUGUUCCUAUUGCUGUUGCAACAAAUAAUAUUGGUCAAUCACAUCAACAAUCGAUUCAAGUUGCUAAUAUGGUUACAAAUAGCUCCGGUACAUUUGCAUUUAUGCCUUCGGGUACAGGCCAUUUUCUACCUCAAGCCACCACAGCACCCGUGACAAUGACUAUGGCGACAAAAACUACAGCUUCAAAAUUAUCCACAGGCAAAAGAGGUAAAAAUACCAAUGUCAUUUCUACUGUUGAUUCUGCUUCACAAAUAAUUGCUGCCGGUCGAAAUAUAAAUCCACCACCAUUACAAUCUGAAGAUCCGGCAAAACCAUUUAAAUGCAGCAUAUGUCAUAAAAAUUUGGCAUCUAAGAAUGUAUAUCAAUUACAUUUACGAUCUCAUUCGGGCGAGAAACCGUUUGUUUGCGAAAUAUGUAAUAGUCGUUUUUCACAAAAAACAUCAUUAACUCGCCACACCAGAUCUCAUACUGGAGAAAGACCUUUUCCUUGUGAGGUUUGUGAGAAAAGAUUCGCAGACAAAGAAAGAAUAAAAAUUCAUAUGCGUAUUCAUACGGGUGAAAAGCCAUUUUCAUGUCAGGUUUGUCAUAAAAAGUUUUCUCAGAAAUCUACCGUAAAGCGUCAUAUGAGUGUUCAUACUGGUGUGAAACCAUUCAAAUGUGAUUCAUGUGGAAAAGGUUUUGCUAAUCGAGGUAAUCUGACGGCACAUAUCAAAACACAUAAUCAACAAUCAUCAAGUAACCGGCAGUCGUCAAAUCAAUCUUCUAAUAAUAAUCAUCAGUCAACUAAAAAAUCAAUUGUAAACAAAAUGAUCAAUCAAAACAUCAAAGAAGAAGCUCAAAUCGAACAUACUACUGAACACGUCCAAACAUUAGAUCAUUAACGGAAAUGUAAAUUCAGAUUGAAUUCAUCAUAAUCAACAAAAAUUCAUUUCCAUUAUUUGCAAAUCAUCAUUAUCACACAUAUCCAUCUAUAGAAUUGAUAGUUAAGUUUAUGAUAUUAACU